UAUAGUAGUGUAUGGUUUCUAACGGAAGUAUUAUAUUUUAUAAUUCUUCUAUCUAGAAUGCAACGAGUUAUUACUACAAUUUCUCGAAAUAUGGCUUUGUUGAGCCAAGUAAGAAUGAUUGGAGAACGUGGAUCUGGAGCAGGUAAAGGAGGUGGUGGUGGUGGCUCUAUCCGUGAAGCUGGAGGAUCUUUUGGAAAAAUGGAAGCUGCUCAUGAAGAUCAGUAUUUCUAUAAUCUGCAAAAGCAACAGCUACAAAAACUUAAAGAAGACCUUCACGAUGAAAUCUCUUUUCAUGAAGAACAAAUUAAACGUCAUCAAGAAGCCAUAAACCGUCAUAAAAAAAGAAUCACAGAUAUGGAUAAGAAAUAAAAUUAUCCAUGUAUUUAUUCUUUAAGCGAAUUGUUAUUCUUUGUAAUGUAAUGCUCUUGUAACUAUUAUAUUACUAUUAAUAAUAAUUAGUAGACGUUUA